UGACAAUUACAACUUUUUAUCGAUACUUCGCUAAUCGUUGACGAACUAUUUCGUAGAUUAUAUUCGGAAUCAUUGACUAACUACCUUCGUAGUACAAGCAACGUGUCAUUGAAUCUUUUGGCGUAUGUCAAAGCCGAACAUAUCAUAAUUUUGAUAAAAUCAUAUAUAUUUAAAAUGUCUGUUACCAGUGGAAUAUCCUUUUUAUUGUCUUCCAUUUUAACUGUACUUUUAUUCUCUGGAAUGCAAAUGUAUAGAGCUUGGUUAACGUCUUCGCAAUUGCAUAUUAUUCUUGGAGGUUAUAUCGGAUCGUUACUAUUUGUAUUUAUAUUAACAGCAUUAGGGAAUCUGGAGACCACUGUAUUUGGGAAAUCAUUUCAACAAAAAUUAUUUCCCGAAGUUAUCUUCUCGUUAAUUAUUAGCUUGAUUGCGUCAGGAUUGGUUCAUCGUGUGGCUACUACAACCUGUUUUUUAUUUUCUAUGAUAGCACUCUAUUAUAUGAACCGAAUAUCUCAAGAAACCUAUGCCACACCUAUACCAACAAUGUCAAUGCAUUCAAAAAAAAGAAAGUAAAUGUAGAUUACCAGAAGUUAAAAUCCUAGCCAGCCGUUUGCCUUCUGCUAUAUUUACUUCAGCUUCCCUGGCUCCUUCAGAUUCCAAGAUAGCAGCUCGUUUUUUUCGUUCAGCUUCAACUUGCAUUUGCAUAGCUUCUUGCACUCUAUUUGGUAACUUUAUAUCAACUAUAAUAAUUAACAAUAAUUAUAAUUACAUAUACGUCAUGAAAAAAUUGAAGUAAAGAAUAUAAAUAUUUUUUUAACUUACGGAUUUCAUAUCGAAGACACAAUAUACCCCAUGCUUCACUAGCUUUGUUAAUACUUUCUACAAUAGAAACAUUCAGACCUUCUCUUUCCCUAAAUACUUUAUCUAAAGAUAUUUUUCCCAAUUCUGACCUCAUUGUAGUUUGUGCUAAUUGCAUUAUGGCAAACUCAGCAUCUUCGACGCCAUAAGAAGCCAAAUAAGGAUCAUUUAUUUUUAAGUACAACACUCCAUCGAUAUCAAGCGUUACAUUAUCUAGUAAAAAGUAAAUCAAAUUAAAACUA